AUGUCCGCGCUCACUCCUAGCCCGGUAGCCAGUCCAAGCAAGACCACUGUCGACGUCACGCCGAUAAAGAACACACACAAUCCUUAUCCUCCUUGCGAAGCUCUUCCUGGACACAAGAAAUACUACGAGAAGAUGGCACACGAUUCCGAUUUACACUGGAUCGGCCCCAAACCUCUGGAGAACUUUUUUGCUGACCAUAUGCCCCUCGACGAACCUGUCCCCAAUAAUCUGGUGGAGAAGAGAUACUUCAACAAGAUACCCAAGACCGGGAAGGAGGCCGCGAUGUAUCCUGCAUUAAAGCUCAUCGAAGAAGCGGGCCUCUUAGGAUCGUCCUUCGCCGUCAUAGAUACCUCGAACUAUCGGGACCCCAACGCAUACGAUGGCACACAGUUAAGACCCGAUGUUGGCAUCUUCCCCACGGCUGACGACAACGCCAACCCCCUGGCUCCCACUGCUAGCGACAGUGAAAGCGAGGACGUUGACGCCAAUUCCGAGGACUUAUCUAGCGACAGCGACAGUGACAGCAGCGAUAGUGGUGACGACGAGAAUGUCGAUGAUGAGCUCGAUGAUCCAUCUUUUGUGUUUCCUACGGACCAGAAGGAUGACCCCAAGAUUGAUUACUCCUUCGAGAAAAAUAUCCUUCCAUUCGAGCUCAAAGGCGACAACACCACCCCGUUCCAAGACCCCGGUGACAAGGUUCAGGGAGAGGCUCGCAAGAAAUAUCCAUUCCAGAAGAUCAGACAAAAGGACAUUCUUCUUCGGGGUCAACUCGGCGGCGUCAUCAUACAGAUUUGCUCUCGCCAGCAUCGCACGCGCACCUUCAUGGUUUUCAUGAACGUCAAGGAGGCUCGCAUCCUCUACCACGAUCGAAGCGCCACCAUUGUCACAGAGGCUAUCAAGUAUCGUCACAACUCGCAGAAGCUGGCGGAAUUCCUUUGGCGCUUCGCUCGACUUACAGAAGAGCAGCAAGGCAUCGACAAGACCGUCAAGCAACCCACCGACGAACAGCGAGAUGCCGCCAAGAAAGCGUUGAGCCGGUGGGCCCCAAAGAAGGAGCGUCCCGUCGUUGUUCUCGAGGUUCCCACCGAGGAUGGCAAAGUGCGUGACUUCGCCGUGUGGGGGGCCAUGGCCGAGCCCAAAGCUCUCACUGGACGAGCGACGCGUGCCUGUCCCGCCUAUGAUCUUGAAGAGAAGAAGGUCGUUUUCUUGAAAGACACGUGGCGCGCUGACUGUGAGGGGAUGGAAAAAGAGUCGGACAUCCUGAAGGGACUCAACGCUGCAGGUGUGCGCUAUGUCCCGAAAUUCCAAUGCGGCGAUGACAUCCCUGGCACCUAUCACUCGACUAUUACUCAGGAUGACAUCGACGCGGAGUGGCGAGCUGGUCCCAUAGCCAAGCUCUGUAAAAGAAUUCACCAUCGCUUCACCGAAGACUUCGUCGGAAACCAUCUCGACUUCUUCAAGACUCCCAAAGACCUCAUGAUGGCGAUUAAUCACGCAGUCAUCGCUCACCAAGACGCCUACCUCAACUGCAGCAUCCUUCAUCGCGAUGUCAGCGGCAACAAUGUCCUGAUGAGCGACGAUGGCGAGGGUAUCCUUAAUGACUGGGAUUUGGCAAAGAGGAUUCCCACCAAGAUAGCAAACCCUGAACGCUGGGCGAAAAUGAGCGAGAAAGAGAAAGAGGCGGACAAGGCCAAGAUAAAAACGGGUCGACGACAUCCAUACCGCACCGGCACCUGGUACUUCAUGUCAAACUUUGUACUCCGAUACCCAGGAAAGAUCGCCGACCUCUUCGACGACCUAGAAUCUUUCUUCUGGGUCGCCGUGUUCUUCACCAUUCAAUAUCUUCCUUGUGCAAAAUGCGAUGAGCAACUGAGCAAUCUCAUACUCAAUGUUUUUGCCCAAUGCACGCACGACCCGGAAACUGGACUGUACAUGGGUGGACAAGGCAAAUAUGCAGCGCUCACGCGCAUGUCAGACUCUCCCGUUCGAAAACUAGAAUUCCACAACAACAAGCCCUUAACAAAGUGGAUAAAGGACGUCCUAUCUGCCUUCAAACAGCUCACGCUCUUCAAUAAUUCCUCCAGAGAGGAUACUACGGAUUUGGCCAUUUCUCGUGCCGAGGAGGCUGGUGCAAACAGUGACCUCGCCAUUACCCGAGCUCAGGUAGAAUUUACGCUGCCACCUCUUCCAGAGCAGAUUCGCCUUCGUGACCACCAGUCCUUCCUUAAAUUCUUUACUGACGUGCUCAAUGAACCGGGAUGGCCAGACAAUCGAAAGAAGCAUGCCACUGUAUUCCAGCCUCCUUCGACAAUGAUCCAGAUGCAAGUCGCGCUCGGACUGAAACACAAGUCCGAAGGGCUGGGAAUGUCGAUUUCGAAAAAGUCAGUCAUCUGA